GCCAGCCUCGCCGAGUGCCUCGACUUCGUGACGACUUCGUGAACGACUUCGUGAACACGAGCGAGAUUCAUCCCCCUCAGCUUCUAACUCGCCAAACAGGUCCAAUCCACACAUCCAAGAUGGAUUCCGCCGACUCGGAUCCCCUUCUCCUUCUCCGGCAGUCGAUUGCCUCUGGGAGCUCCAUCAUCCCAACUACCUCUCCCGAACCGUCGGCGCCAGAAGCAAACCUGUCUCAGUCAACUCACCUGCAGUUCACUCAUCCUAAGCAUGUCUCCAUCCCCAUCGAUGCCCCGACACGCUUUGUAUCCAAUGAAAGCCCAGUCGAUCUACGGAGCAUCUACUUCGCCUGGCUCAACCGCGAGGUCGCGAUUCCCGAGUAUAAUGCCUCAGCCACCAAGUUGAACCAGGAACUGGCUGGGGCAGCCACCGUACACAAGUUCGCGUUUGUCGAGCGUCUAGACCUGAUUACCUGGUUGGAGGGCGCAAGUGAGGAGAGUGAAUACAUCAAGCCGUUGGCUGGGGAGAUGGACAGCGCUGCUGCUGCGGUCGCAACCACCGCUGCAUUGAAGGGCUCAGCAGUGUCAGCUUCAGCAGCGGCAAGAGCUGGAAGAGGCACACUCGAUCCAAGACUGGCACAGAUCUACAGUGGAGAGCGGCGCAUGGGGGAUCGUAACACUGUUUUAAGGGGAAUCAAACCGACGGACUUCUCCCAUGUCCGUAAACUCGCCGCACCUUUCAUGUCGAAGAAGCCGGGUGCUGCGCCAAACAGCAUAUCCAGUAACCCUGCCCUUGCAUUGAACCAGAAGCCGCAGAGGCGGCCCGACCCUAUUAUCCUCCUCUCGCCCUCUGCAUCCUCCCUCCUCCGCAUGUCGAAUGUCAAGUCCUUCCUGGAGGGAGGCCGGUAUGUGCCGACCGACAACACCGCCACCUCGUCGAUGCUGCAUGUAUCGCGGCUACUCAAGGACAUCGAUCCCAACCGGCCCAUACGCUUCAUCCUCGUCGAGGGCCCAGAGCAGUUCAAGCCCGAGUAUUGGAACCGUGUCGUCGCCGUCUUCACCACAGGCCAGGCCUGGCAGUUCAAGAACUACCGGUGGAGCAACCCAUCGGAACUGUUCAAGCACGUGCUUGGUAUCUACGUUGGCUGGAGGGGAGACCAGCCUCCCGAGUCGAUUCGAGCUUACGGUCAUCGGGUUCUGACAUGCUCUGUUGAGAAGUGGAGGGAUGCUGGGGCGCCGGGUGCGGAGACGAGUAGGUGGAGAGAUCGCGAGGUGGUCGAGUCCAUUUGGAAGGCCAUCGAGAACAACAUGCGGGCCAAGGGAUGGAAGAGAGACACUGCCCCCUUAUCGAUCUAAAACGGGCCAGCGUUGAGGAAUCAUUCCUCUUCAAAUCUGGACUUUUUACGAUAAUGGGUGUCUUGGAGCUUUUGUUUGCACGAACUUGGGCCUUUCAACCCCUUUAAUCCACGUGCCUCACCUUUUGGGGCAGGUCUCUCGCCAGGCGUUUAGGUGGCGUUUGGUCUCAGGGACAGGGAUGAUGAGCUGGAAAAUGGAAACGUGUGUCAUGCGAGGCCGGGCUAACAUACACAAGAUGUGCAUAUGGUUGGGCGGCUUGUAAAUUAGGAUUGCGUAGAGAAUGAUACCAUGCGCGAGCUCUCAGGGCCAUUAUCUCCACAACGCCAUAGGAGGUAUUUGUGCUCUAUGACAGUCCUCAACGCCUGCGUCCGUCUGUAAUCAGAGGAAAUGCCGUGUAAGCAGUUGUAUCCAACUCCAGAGUGAAUCCAUAAUACAGAAAAUCAAGACUGGUCAGUUGUCUGGGC